GUCGGGGGGUAGUGGCAGCAGCAGGCUGCUGGCGGCUUCCUCUUCCUCUCCUCUUUCCCAAUCCCCUCCUAUCUCCUCCCCCUUCACCUCGUCCUAUCAUCACCACCCCCCUCUCGUGGAGCCCCCCAGGACUCGGUCCAGGUCCAGGUCUGGAUUUCUCAACCACAACAUGACCAGUAGUUAUCAUAAUAAUAUUACUAACAGUGGCGGCUACUUCAACCAACACAACCCCGGCUGCGAUACAACUGGUGUCCACCCCACCGAAAAUCAACGAACGGCGGGGAGCAACCCGACCUUCAGUAACCUGAGAGCUGCACAACCAGGAGUCACCAGAGCACCUUCAGCAGGAGGUGUUGGGGCUGCUUUUCAUUGUCAGUCAGUACAUCAGGAGCACACCUGCAAUGAAGACAGCGACAAGAGUGAAGACAGCCCGAGCCCCAAGCGCCAGCGGCUUUCUCAUUCAGUCUUCGAUUUCACCUCUGCCUCCCCUGCCCCAUCUCCACCAAUGAGACCAUGGGAGAUGCCAUCAAAUCGUCGGCCCCCUUCAGCUAGACCCAACCAACACCAUUUCUCAGGGGAAAGAUGCAACACACCGGCUCGGAACAGGAGAAGCCCUCCUGUUAGGCGUCAGCGGGGGAGGAGGGAUCGGAUGCCACGACACAACUCAAUCAGCCAGGACGAGAACUACCACCACCUCACGUAUGGACAGCAGCCGAGUAUGGAGGAGCCUCGCGCCUUCCACCCCCCCAGUGUCUCCCCGCGCCUACUGCACCCUGCUGCCCACCCCCCGCAGCCGAGCACAGUCAUGGUGGACAUCCAUGAGCAGAUUCAUCAGGGCACAGUUCCAGUCUCUUACACGGUCACCACAGUAGCUCCACAUGGGAUUCCACUUUGCACAGGCCCGCAUAUCCCAGCAUGCAAUACACAGCAGGUGCCAGGAUGUUCGGUGGUAUUCAGUGGACAGCACUACCCUGUGUGCAGUGUGCCUCCUCCAAUGCUACAGGCAUGCUCAGUCCAGCACUUGCCAGUCCCUUAUGCAUUCCCUCCCCUCAUCUCAAGUGAUCCCUUUCUAAUACACCCGCCCCACCUCUCUCAUCACCCUCCACACUUGCCUCCUGCAGGUCAGUUUGUACCUUUCCAGGCUCAGCAGUCACGAUCGCCAUUACAGAGGAUAGAGAAUGAAGUAGAGCUGCUGGGAGAUCACCUUACUGUGGGCGGGGGUUUCACCUACCCGCCUUCAGUGCACCCCACCACCCUGCCUCCCUCAGCACCCCUUCAGUUCCUCUCACAUGAUCCCCUCCACCAGGAGCUCUUCGGAGUACCUUAUCCACACUUCAUGCCUAGAAGAAUCACAGGUCGCAGAUACCGAUCCCAACAGGCAUUGCCCCCUCCACCCUAUCACUCCAGCUUCCUGCCAUACUUCCUCUCAAUGCUUCCAGUGCAGCCCAGUGUGGGACCAGCCUUUAGUUUAGAACUUGACGUGGAUGAUGGCGAGGUAGAAAACUAUGAGGCCCUGCUAAACCUGGCAGAGCGACUAGGAGAAGCCAAACCCAGAGGCCUGACAAAGGCAGACAUCGAACAGCUUCCAUCCUACAGGUUCAACCCCAACAACCACCAGUCUGAACAGACCUUGUGUGUAGUUUGUAUGUGUGAUUUUGAGUCCAGACAACUACUUCGAGUCUUACCCUGCAACCAUGAGUUCCAUGCCAAGUGUGUUGACAAAUGGCUAAAGGCAAACCGUACCUGUCCAAUCUGCAGAGCUGAUGCUUCAGAAGUGCAUCGUGAUUCGGAAUGACCAAUAAAAUAGCACAAUUCUUGUCUGGGUGUUCCUAUUCACAUGUAUAUACAGACUUCUCAUUGAACUUACUCCUCAUGUUCCCCUCAUUAUCUUUUUAUUUUGGCUUCCAGCCUUCCCUUUACACAAAAAAAGUGUAAUUGGACCUUUCUUUGCACUGUGUGAUUUAAUCAAAAUAUUAAGCUUCUAUAUUAUAGUCUUCAAUUAUGAAUUAUGGGAUUGUUUAUACUAACUGUAUGAUUGGAACUCCAAAGAUUAUAAUAAUUUCUAUAUUAUUGUUAUUAAUAUUCUCAUUAUUAUUAGCUUCAGUUUUAUGUGUGUGCACUAACAUUCCCUGGUUUUCGUGUGAGCAUUCCGAGUUUUGAGUGUUGCUCUAAAGAUUACAAUGGACGUGAUCUUUAAGCAUGUGCUUUUAUAUAUGAAAAUGUAUAUUAAAAAGAAAAAAGUGGUAGCUGAAAUCAAUAUAGCAAUCUACCUUAUAUAGAGCCUUCAGAUACUGUGAGCUGGAGCGACCGCAGUGUGGAUGAGCGUGUGUUUGUAGCCACAUGUACUUGUGUGAAUAUGUGCGGUUGCAAUUGGUAACCCUUAUAUGCCAGCAUGUAAUGAGACAGGUGUGGGUUUGUGUACACGUGUGUGAUAGUAAUUAUGCUGCCAUAUAUAAUCGUGUGUGUUAUUUAUACAGUACUAGUACUGUCCACUGGUUUCGUCCUUUUUAUUCUAGAUUUUUUCAUGCUAGCUGUGCACUGAAUCCUCAGGCUGCAGCAAGUUUUGAAUUGUAUUGUAGUUUGGCUUUUCUGGCCUCUUCUGAGAACACAUGUCAUUGUUACACAAACUGUGCGCUUCCCCUUUUGCCUUUUUAUAUAAACAUGCUGGUGUGCAGAAAUGGUCUUUUUCUCAUGGUUUGAAAGGAUUGCUUUUGGUCUUGCUCUACACUGCUAAAUAAAAGUCUUAAAUAUUUCUACACAAGCUUUUUUCAGAUUCUCCCCCAAACACGUUUGCUGUUAAGUAUUGAGAUACCCACUAACCAAUGAUUUAAAAACUUAAAAAAUAGGGGGAAAAAAUACACUUCUCAAUCCUUUGUCUGAAAGCCAGCUUUAUUCACAAUUCUUACAUAUGACUAAAGUAUAUUUAGAUUUAAGGAAUCACCUCUAAACUUCCAGAAACAUUGAGCUAAUAACAUACUGAUAUAUUAAUAUAGUCAUUUUGAUUGGAAAGAACUUUCCAUUAGUAUAGUUCAUUAGUGCUACAAAAAACAACAAAUGUUACCCCUAAAAUACUAACAAAACCACUGUGCCCCACAUCAGAAUAAAGGAGAACCAGCAGUGACUUCAUUAUUAAACUAGAUGACUUUUUUCUGCUGUUUAUGAAUAGAAUGCACAAUUUAGGGUGAUAGAACAGUUAUCUACACAAAGCACUCCUAAAACAUAGGUAGAACGGUUAUCUGCACAAAUCACUCUAAAACACAGGUGUAGCAUAUGUAUUUUUUUUUGUUUUAACACUACACUAUAAGGUUUUUUGGUUUUUUUUUUUUUGAAGAGUUGUGGAUUCUAAUACCAUUGUUGUAAAAUAAAUAAAACUGCUUAUUCGCAGACCUCUUUCCAUUGUAUUUUUAUUAUAUUCUGUGAUAUAGGGGGCACACCACUGGAAUCAAUAUAGAGUUAAAGGGUACUGGUAUUUAAAUCCACCUCUUUCUUUAAUUAAAAAAUAGAUAUCUACUGUUCAUUAGUUUCUCACUUGGGUCUCUCGUGCCUUGCACUAUGGUGCCAUGGUACCUUGCCAGUGUCUAAAUGCUGCUUUAUUACCCACCAUUACACCCUAACUUCUGUAACAGUGUUGUAUCAUCUUCAUUGUUGUUGCUUAGCAUGUUUUGGUUGUCAAUUGCAACUAUAUUUAUUUUAUUUUUAACAAGCGCAAAUACAAAUGUCCAUGUUUACCAGACCAUCUGAUACUGUUGCCUCUUACUAGGUCAAUUGUAGGAGAUUGAGGCUGGCUCACAAAGUACUGUAAUAAGUAACUAACCUUUGAGAGUCCGUGUUUGAUGGGUUCACCACUUUAGGUUUGUUGUUUCUAACCAGCUGAGCUUAUUCAGCUGCUGGUCAGAAAUGAAGAAUAAAUGGAAAAAGAUCGCAUUAGGCAGCAAAACCCUUGCAACCUUUCACACAAUUAACAGGUUUCUUGAAGAACCAGGAUUGGCUCAAAAAUAAGUACGUUAAAAGGAGAUUGAUUUAUCAUGGUAUUUUGUGACCCCCUGAAAAAUAAGUGUUGAAAAGGAGCAACCCUAUUCAUGAAUGACAUGCUUAUAUUAUUUGUUUAAACCUAAAUGAACAGCCCAAGUAGUAUUGUUCAUAAUACAUAAUGUGUUUGCAAACAGUUGCCUUAUUGCGAUGUGCAUGGAGACCAACCAGUGGCUUAAAUAGUGUUAACAAAAGUCAUGGCAGAAUGUUUUAGCAGUCGUGUAAUGUAUUUAAGUCAUAUUCAUAAUCAAAUAGUAAUUUGCAUCCUAAUAAUCCUUUAUUUGCCUAUCAUACUACAGUCCUAAAGUGAUAUAACUGUUUUCCACAGUUGCAAAGUGAUUGUUAGUGUGACAGAUAUGUGAAUACAGUAGUUAAGUUGCAUUCUGUACAAGUGUAGACUUUAUUGGAUUCUUACAUCUGGUGGAUACAAGUGUGUGCAGGAGAAUUUAUUUUUUAUUUUUUUUUCACUGGCUAAUUUGACUAUUGGUUUUACCAAUAUGUGGUUCCACAAAAGAUAUAUGCAGGAGACCAGACAAUUCCAUCACCC